UGCUCCCUACCGCGAUCACUCGUCCUCCGAUAGCACGCCUCGUCCUAGGGCAGAGCACUACUCUUGCGCUUGACAGGGAAAAAAUGGAGAAGAAUGCUCGUUUUACUGUCCAUGCAGAUGCUUCAUUUUCUCUUCGGGGCUUUCUCAAUGGUACUUCAGGAUACCCAAAGAUGGCCAGGGUUCACCAGAAGCUACCUAAUGGCUGCCAAAGUUUAUCAAAGCUCCUCCAUGGCUCUACUUUUAUCUCAGAGCCUCAGCCAACUAUCUCUACCUAUGGAUGUCGAUCCAUCCAUGUGACCCGCACCUUAUCUGAAGUCACAAGAGGAAUCGUCUCAAACCGUCCCUUGUCACCUCAUCUGCCAGUCAAGAAGCCACAGCUGAGGGCAACAUUUUCUAUAUCCCAUAGGAUAUUUGGAGCUUCUCUGACAUCGGCUAUUUUGUUGAUACCGAUCGCGUGGAAGUUCAGUCUCCUGCUCGAUGUAUAAAGCAAAAGGUGCGGUAACUUUUGCUGUUGGUGUAUGUUCAGACCAAUGCUCUUUUGGGGCGAUGUUGCUACCCGGGAAUGGUGGAACAUGAACCAGUUUUAAGUCAUGGUUUGUUUGAAUAACUGCCUAAAUAAAGCUCUAACCGUCGCAUUGUACACGGCUGUGGUUCCAACGAUGUUGCACUGUCUCUCCCCCUGGCGAAACAGCUGAUGUUUUCAGACUAAUUCUUUUACUUAGAAACUCUAAACAGAUGAUUGCACUUCUCUUUAAUCUACUUGCUCUUAAGAUGGUUUUUGAUGAAUGAAGCUAGGAGGCUAUCUCAAGUGUGAUACUGGAUGUAAUGUUCAUGCCUUUAGUUAUUUUAAUAAAUUAUCAUA